UCGCCAUGUCGUCGUCCCUGGCGUCCUCCUCGUACCGCCGCAGGAUCCUCGACUCCAAAGCGGCGGCCUCCCACGCGCUCUACUCCUCUCGCCUCCCCUCCCGCUCCAGGCAGCCGGCCCACACCAGGAUUGGCGCCGCCGCCAGAGCUCAUGGAGUUGAGAAUAGCAUCAUCAGUGUCCUAACUAUGCAUCACUGGGAGACCUUGAAUCACAUGGCGUACAAGUUUGGGAAGCUUGACAAGGUUCAUGGAAAGCUAGCCUUGAAGAUACUGGGUUCUAUUGUGCAACAAUCAGGUUUGGAGCGAAUCACUCAUGUUUACUGCCUGGCUGCUCAUAUCCUCAUCCAAGCUCAAAUGCAUUCACAAGCAAUGUCAGUGCUGAAGCAUCUUGCCAUGGCGGGCUUCUCUUGCUCUGCUAUAUUUAGCUCCCUUCUCCGAACCAUCUCGCGUUGUGAUUCCAAUCCCAUGGUUUUUGACCUUCUUAUCAAUGCAUAUCUGAAGGAAAGAAAAGUUGUUGAUGCAAGUAAGGCAAUUUUGUUGAUGGAUAACUGUGGAUUUAAGGCUUCAACUCACACCUGCAAUGCUGUCCUUAAUGCUCUUGUGGAAGUUGGGGAAUCAAAACAUGUUUGGUUCUUCUUAAAAGAGAGCUUGGCCCGGAAGUUCCCAUUGGAUGUCACCACUUGUAAUAUUGUACUGAAUUAUUUUUGCCUUGAUGGUAACCUUGGAAAGGCUAAUCUUAUGCUACAAAAGAUGAAGAGUCGGUCCAUAUCAAACGUUGUUACUUAUAACACAAUACUUUACUGGUAUGUUAAGAAGGGAAGGUUCAAGGCUGCCAUGCGUGUCUUAGAAGAUAUGGAGAAGAAUGGUGUAGAGGCAGAUGUAUAUACUUAUAACAUCAUGAUUGAUAAGUUAUGCAAAAUGAAGAGGAGUACGCGUGCUUACCUUUUGCUCAAAAAAAUGAGGGGAAAUAACUUAUCACCUGAUGAGUGUACAUAUAAUACUUUGAUCAAAGGAUUUUUCGAUGAAGGUAAGAUGAAACUUGCUAUCUAUAUCUUCAAUGAAAUGCUGAAACAGAGCUUGAAGCCAAGCCUAGCUACUUACACUACCUUGAUUGAUGGGUACUGCCGAAGUGGGGUAACUGGUGAAGCUUUACGAGUUCUGUAUGAAAUGCAAGUUGCUGGUGUGAAACCAAGUGAACUAACUUAUAGUGCAAUGCUGAAUGGUUAUUGCAAAGCUUCCAUGCCGGGACAUGCACUGAAUCUUAUUGAAGAUAUGAAAGCAAGAGGCACAGCAAUCAAUAGGACUAUGUAUACUAUCCUGAUUGAUGGUUUCUGUCAGCUAGGAGUGGUUUCUAAAGCCAAGCAAAUUUUAAAGAGUAUGCUUGUGGUUGGGAUCAAUCCAGAUGUUGUUACUUAUUCAGCAUUGAUCAAUGGUAUGUGCAAGAUGGGUAAGUUGGACGAAACAAAAGAGAUUUUGUCAAGGAUGCAAAAAACAGGAGUUUUGCCUAAUGAGGUUCUUUAUACAACUCUAGUUUGCUAUUGUUGCAAGGCUGGGUAUGUCGGAGAAGCACUAAAGUAUUUUGUGGAUAUCUAUCGGAGGGGCCUAGCUGCCAAUUCAUUCAUCCACAAUACAUUGUUAUGUGCACUGUAUCGAGAAGGAAUGGUUACACAGGCUGAGCAAUUUAAACAAUACAUGUCUAGGAUGAAGAUAUCAUUUGAUGUUGCCUCUUUCAACUGUAUAAUAGACUUUUACUGCACCAGAGGUAAUAUGCAUGAGGCAUUCUCAGUGUAUGAUAAUAUGCAUAGAUAUGGUUGUUCUCCAAAUGUUGACACAUAUAGGAAUUUGCUUAGAGGGUUAUGCAAGGGCGGCUACUUGGUACAAGCAAAGGAGUUCAUGGCCUGCCUUGUUGACAUACCUUAUGCCAUUGAUCAGGAAACCUUCAAUGCAUUACUUCUGGGGAUUUGCAAAGACGGAACUCUAGAUGAAGCUCUGGAUUUAUGUGAGAAAAUGGUUACAAGUAACUUUCUACCUGACAUCCAUACUUACACUGUUCUUCUUAGUGGUUUUUGCAGAAAAGGCAAAAUUGUUCCUGCAAUCAUCCUGUUGCAGAUGAUGUUGGAGAAAGGGUUUGUCCCUGAUAUUGUUACAUAUACCUGUUUGUUGAAUGGCUUGAUCAAGGAAGGCCAAGUUAAGGUUGCUUCUUACCUGUUCCAGGAGAUCAUAUGCAAGGAAGGUAUGUAUGCAGAUUGUAUUGCCUACAACUCAAUGAUGAACGGGUACCUAAAGGCAGGAAUGAUACAUAAAGUAGAUAUGACGAUUCGGGAUAUGCAUCAUAAUGAGGUUUAUCCAAACCCAGCCAGCUAUAACAUUCUUAUGCAUGGGCACAUCAAGAAGGGACAUUUGUCAAGAUCUGUUUAUCUAUACAAAGAUAUGGUAAGGAAAGGGAUUAGGCCAAACAAUGUGACAUAUCGUUUGCUUAUCCAUGGAUUUUCAAAACAUGGUAUGACUGAAAUUGCGAUUAAGUUCUUGGACAAGAUGGUCUUAGAACGCAUUUAUCCGGAUAGAUUAACAUUUGAUGUACUCAUAACUGUAUGUAGUGAGAAAUCUAGGAUGUCCAAUGCUUUACAGCUCUUCAACUGCAUGAAGCGGUUAUAUAUGUCACCUAGCAGUAAAGCAUACAGUGCCAUGAUAAAUGGAUUGAUCAGGAAAAAUUGGCUGCAGCAGAGUUGUGAUGUUUUACGUGACAUGGUCGAGAGUGGACUUGAACCGAAUCAUACACACUAUAUUGCGUUAAUCAAUGCAAAAUGCAGGCUUGGGGACAUCAAUGGAGCAUUCAGGCUGAAAGAGGAAAUGGCAGCUCUUGGUGUUGUGCCAGCUGAAGUUGCUGAAAGCUCAAUUGUUAGAGGCCUUAGUAAAUGUGGAAAGGUUGAAGAGGGUAUCAUAGUUUUCUGUAGCAUAAUACGUGCUGGAAUGGUGCCAACAAUUGCUACUUUCACUACCCUAAUGCAUGGUCUCUGUAAAGAAGGCAAGAUUGCGGAUGCUCUGCACCUCAAAGGGUCAAUGGAGUUGUAUGGAUUGAAGAUUGAUGUAGUCACUUAUAAUGUUCUAAUCACAGGUUUAUGCAACAACCAGUGUGUUUCUGAUGCAUUAGAUCUUUAUGAAGAGAUGAAAUCUAAGCAACUUCGGCCGAACAUUACAACAUACACCACAAUGAUUGGGGCUAUCUGUGCAACAGGCAGAAUAUUGGAAGGACAGAAACUACUGAAUGAUAUAGAGGAUAGGGGCUUUGUUCCCUCAUAUAAGGAUCAAAUUCUCGAAUGGAGGAUGGAGAAUGCAAUGAGAAGGUUAAACAUUAUAAGAAAUUGCAGAAAAGAAAUAACUUCUAAGAAUGAGGUCGAACUAUUACAUGCAGAUCAUGAAUCCAUGCAUGAAGCUGCUGAAGACUGAUAUCCUCUUAAAUCAACUUUUUCUACUUCAAAGGAAGUGGUAUGUUUGAUCAAUAUGGUGACCUCUCGUUGUCCAUUUGUGUCAGUUUGCAUUGCGACUCAUGUAUAUUGGGCCUAAGUUGUGUAUGCAUAUCAGAUUAGGAUAUUUUGGUUUUCAACUUUUCAUGCAAAUUUCUGGCGCAAGUUCCUGGGCUAAAAUUAAUGGUCCUAUUUUGUACAUAUGCAAAAAAAAAAAAAACUACUGAGCAUGCUUGUCAGGUGGAAAUAUGUGCAUCCAGGCACACUUGAACAUCUGGGUGGGAAGGAUGGAACAAGUGCGGUUAACAAUUUCAGUCUGAUAAUUUGAUGUCCGUUUUUAUCAAUUGAUAAUCCAUAUAUGUUUAAAACAUAUUUUCUUCAGCAAUUUAGAGAUUUCAGUCCAGCCUCCCGACUCCUGAAUACAAUGUCUUAUCAUGUUCUCAGGUUUUAAAGCAUAUAAGGUUCAUAGUCUGAUGGGGAUGCUUAUAUUUGUUGAUGACACUGAGAUUUAAAUAAAUAUAGAAGAUGAAGACUUUGGUGUCAUAAUUUAAGAAAAAAGCAAGACUAAGAUGAUGGUAGCCAUGCGUAGGAAAAGAUCAGUACGGAAAACAUGAUUAUCUCACUUCAUCAAGGACAAGGAUACAGGUACGUUCAGGAGAUGAGAGAGGUCUUUCCUUUGGACCCAGGGCAUGUCACUCUCGAAUAAAUCAACUUUGCAACAGCAAGACCUGUUCCCAUUAUGCAAGCCUCCAUGGAGUUCAUGAGGAGGUAUGUGAGCAAAUGCGCCCUAAUGCUCAUUCAUCGCUCCAACUCCGACCAUGUGUCUAGCUCGUGUUGUCAAGGAGUUCCCCUGCAGCUACCUUGGCAUGCCCUUGUCUAAGGACGCUACGCAAGCAGGACUUGCAAUAUCCUACAUAAGAGCUUUAUCUACAAAAGGACGGAAGCAGUGAUGGGGAGGUCACUGCCUAGUGGCCUGGGACAGAGCUGCUUCAGUUGUUCUUGUGCAAUUAUGCUUGGGUGGUGGAGUCCUAGCCGUGGGGACCUUUAUAAAGCUGGUUAGAGCUGUGAUAGCAGCCCAAAGGCAAGUGUCUGCUUUGAUGCCAAGGUGUCCUUCCCGGCAGAUGGGUUUGGAUGCAGCUGGAGGUGUGCACUGAAUUUAUCCGGGCCGAGGGGUUUCUCGUUUCUCCACUCCAUGGUCAAGACUUGGGUGGGAGAUGGUUAGCCACUUAGCCACAUGUUUUCUUCUGCAGGAGAGGUGUCAUAAGGUAGGCAUGAUUGGCUUCAUCCAGCCCUAAGUCAAGACAGUAUGAUUGAGACCUCUGUGAUGUGGUUUUUAUCUGUUCUUACUAGAUAAGGAGAAAUUUUUCAUGGGAAUGGUGUAUGAGCGAACACUAAAGACAUCCAAUUGUUGCCCAUAUGUAUGAUAAAAAUAUUGUUAUCUGUGCUACUGCG